AUGUGUCUUGUCCGUCCUCAAGCCCUCCAGCCGCUGCAUCGUGUCUUGUCCGUCCUCAAGCCCUCCAGCCGCUGCAUCGUGUCUUGUCCGUCCUCAAGCCCUCCAGCCGCUGCAUCGUGUCUUGUCCGUCCUCAAGCCCUCCAGCCGCUGCAUCGUGUCUUGUCCGUCCUCAAGCCCUCCAGCCGCUGCAUCGUGUCUUGUCCGUCCUCAAGCCCUCCAGCCGCUGCAUCGUGUCUUGUCCGUCCUCAAGCCCUCCAGCCGCUGCAUCCCGCUGCAUCGUGUCUUGUCCGUCCUCAAGCCCUCCAGCCGCUGCAUCGUGUCUUGUCCGUCCUCAAGCCCUCCAGCCGCUGCAUCGUGUCUUGUCCGUCCUCAAGCCCUCCAGCCGCUGCAUCGUGUCUUGUCCGUCCUCAAGCCCUCCAGCCGCUGCAUCGUGUCUUGUCCGUCCUCAAGCCCUCCAGCCGCUGCAUCGUGUCUUGUCCGUCCUCAAGCCCUCCAGCCGCUGCAUCGUGUCUUGUCCGUCCUCAAGCCCUCCAGCCGCUGCAUCGUGUCUUGUCCGUCCUCAAGCCCUCCAGCCGCUGCAUCGUGUCUUGUCCGUCCUCAAGCCCUCCAGCCGCUGCAUCGUGUCUUGUCCGUCCUCAAGCCCUCCAGCCGCUGCAUCGUGUCUUGUCCGUCCUCAAGCCCUCCAGCCGCUGCAUCGUGUCUUGUCCGUCCUCAAGCCCUCCAGCCGCUGCAUCGUGUCUUGUCCGUCCUCAAGCCCUCCAGCCGCUGCAUCGUGUCUUGUCCGUCCUCAAGCCCUCCAGCCGCUGCAUCGUGUCUUGUCCGUCCUCAAGCCCUCCAGCCGCUGCAUCGUGUCUUGUCCGUCCUCAAGCCCUCCAGCCGCUGCAUCGUGUCUUGUCCGUCCUCAAGCCCUCCAGCCGCUGCAUCGUGUCUUGUCCGUCCUCAAGCCCUCCAGCCGCUGCAUCGUGUCUUGUCCGUCCUCAAGCCCUCCAGCCGCUGCAUCGUGUCUUGUCCGUCCUCAAGCCCUCCAGCCGCUGCAUCGUGUCUUGUCCGUCCUCAAGCCCUCCAGCCGCUGCAUCGUGUCUUGUCCGUCCUCAAGCCCUCCAGCCGCUGCAUCGUGUCUUGUCCGUCCUCAAGCCCUCCAGCCGCUGCAUCGUGUCUUGUCCGUCCUCAAGCCCUCCAGCCGCUGCAUCGUGUCUUGUCCGUCCUCAAGCCCUCCAGCCGCUGCAUCGUGUCUUGUCCGUCCUCAAGCCCUCCAGCCGCUGCAUCGUGUCUUGUCUGUCCUCAAGCCCUCCAGCCGCUGCAUCGUGUCUUGUCCGUCCUCAAGCCCUCCAGCCGCUGCAUCGUGUCUUGUCCGUCCUCAAGCCCUCCAGCCGCUGCAUCGUGUCUUGUCCGUCCUCAAGCCCUCCAGCCGCUGCAUCGUGUCUUGUCCGUCCUCAAGCCCUCCAGCCGCUGCAUCGUGUCUUGUCCGUCCUCAAGCCCUCCAGCCGCUGCAUCGUGUCUUGUCCGUCCUCAAGCCCUCCAGCCGCUGCAUCGUGUCUUGUCCGUCCUCAAGCCCUCCAGCCGCUGCAUCGUGUCUUGUCCGUCCUCAAGCCCUCCAGCCGCUGCAUCGUGUCUUGUCCGUCCUCAAGCCCUCCAGCCGCUGCAUCGUGUCUUGUCCGUCCUCAAGCCCUCCAGCCGCUGCAUCGUGUCUUGUCCGUCCUCAAGCCCUCCAGCCGCUGCAUCGUGUCUUGUCCGUCCUCAAGCCCUCCAGCCGCUGCAUCGUGUCUUGUCCGUCCUCAAGCCCUCCAGCCGCUGCAUCGUGUCUUGUCCGUCCUCAAGCCCUCCAGCCGCUGCAUCGUGUCUUGUCCGUCCUCAAGCCCUCCAGCCGCUGCAUCGUGUCUUGUCCGUCCUCAAGCCCUCCAGCCGCUGCAUCGUGUCUUGUCCGUCCUCAAGCCCUCCAGCCGCUGCAUCGUGUCUUGUCCGUCCUCAAGCCCUCCAGCCGCUGCAUCGUGUCUUGUCCGUCCUCAAGCCCUCCAGCCGCUGCAUCGUGUCUUGUCCGUCCUCAAGCCCUCCAGCCGCUGCAUCGUGUCUUGUCCGUCCUCAAGCCCUCCAGCCGCUGCAUCGUGUCUUGUCCGUCCUCAAGCCCUCCAGCCGCUGCAUCGUGUCUUGUCCGUCCUCAAGCCCUCCAGCCGCUGCAUCGUGUCUUGUCCGUCCUCAAGCCCUCCAGCCGCUGCAUCGUGUCUUGUCCGUCCUCAAGCCCUCCAGCCGCUGCAUCGUGUCUUGUCCGUCCUCAAGCCCUCCAGCCGCUGCAUCGUGUCUUGUCCGUCCUCAAGCCCUCCAGCCGCUGCAUCGUGUCUUGUCCGUCCUCAAGCCCUCCAGCCGCUGCAUCGUGUCUUGUCCGUCCUCAAGCCCUCCAGCCGCUGCAUCGUGUCUUGUCCGUCCUCAAGCCCUCCAGCCGCUGCAUCGUGUCUUGUCCGUCCUCAAGCCCUCCAGCCGCUGCAUCGUGUCUUGUCCGUCCUCAAGCCCUCCAGCCGCUGCAUCGUGUCUUGUCCGUCCUCAAGCCCUCCAGCCGCUGCAUCGUGUCGUGUCCGUCCUCAAGCCCUCCAGCCGCUGCAUCGUGUCUUGUCCGUCCUCAAGCCCUCCAGCCGCUGCAUCGUGUCUUGUCCGUCCUCAAGCCCUCCAGCCGCUGCAUCGUGUCUUGUCCGUCCUCAAGCCCUCCAGCCGCUGCAUCGUGUCUUGUCCGUCCUCAAGCCCUCCAGCCGCUGCAUCGUGUCUUGUCCGUCCUCAAGCCCUCCAGCCGCUGCAUCGUGUCUUGUCCGUCCUCAAGCCCUCCAGCCGCUGCAUCGUGUCUUGUCCGUCCUCAAGCCCUCCAGCCGCUGCAUCGUGUCUUGUCCGUCCUCAAGCCCUCCAGCCGCUGCAUCGUGUCUUGUCCGUCCUCAAGCCCUCCAGCCGCUGCAUCGUGUCUUGUCCGUCCUCAAGCCCUCCAGCCGCUGCAUCGUGUCUUGUCCGUCCUCAAGCCCUCCAGCCGCUGCAUCGUGUCUUGUCCGUCCUCAAGCCCUCCAGCCGCUGCAUCGUGUCUUGUCCGUCCUCAAGCCCUCCAGCCGCUGCAUCGUGUCUUGUCCGUCCUCAAGCCCUCCAGCCGCUGCAUCGUGUCUUGUCCGUCCUCAAGCCCUCCAGCCGCUGCAUCGUGUCUUGUCCGUCCUCAAGCCCUCCAGCCGCUGCAUCGUGUCUUGUCCGUCCUCAAGCCCUCCAGCCGCUGCAUCGUGUCGUGUCCGUCCUCAAGCCCUCCAGCCGCUGCAUCGUGUCGUGUCCGUCCUCAAGCCCUCCAGCCGCUGCAUCGUGUCGUGUCCGUCCUCAAGCCCUCCAGCCGCUGCAUCGUGUCGUGUCCGUCCUCAAGCCCUCCAGCCGCUGCAUCGUGUCGUGUCCGUCCUCAAGCCCUCCAGCCGCUGCAUCGUGUCGUGUCCGUCCUCAAGCCCUCCAGCCGCUGCAUCGUGUCUUGUCCGUCCUCAAGCCCUCCAGCCGCUGCAUCGUGUCUUGUCCGUCCUCAAGCCCUCCAGCCGCUGCAUCGUGUCUUGUCCGUCCUCAAGCCCUCCAGCCGCUGCAUCGUGUCUUGUCCGUCCUCAAGCCCUCCAGCCGCUGCAUCGUGUCGUGUCCGUCCUCAAGCUCUCCAGCCGCUGCAUCGUGUCGUGUCCGUCCUCAAGCCCUCCAGCCGCUGCAUCGUGUCGUGUCCGUCCUCAAGCCCUCCAGCCGCUGCAUCGUGUCGUGUCCGUCCUCAAGCCCUCCAGCCGCUGCAUCGUGUCGUGUCCGUCCUCAAGCCCUCCAGCCGCUGCAUCGUGUCGUGUCCGUCCUCAAGCCCUCCAGCCGCUGCAUCGUGUCUUGUCCGUCCUCAAGCCCUCCAGCCGCUGCAUCGUGUCUUGUCCGUCCUCAAGCCCUCCAGCCGCUGCAUCGUGUCUUGUCCGUCCUCAAGCCCUCCAGCCGCUGCAUCGUGUCUUGUCCGUCCUCAAGCCCUCCAGCCGCUGCAUCGUGUCUUGUCCGUCCUCAAGCCCUCCAGCCGCUGCAUCGUGUCUUGUCCGUCCUCAAGCCCUCCAGCCGCUGCAUCGUGUCGUGUCCGUCCUCAAGCCCUCCAGCCGCUGCAUCGUGUCUUGUCCGUCCUCAAGCCCUCCAGCCGCUGCAUCGUGUCUUGUCCGUCCUCAAGCCCUCCAGCCGCUGCAUCGUGUCUUGUCCGUCCUCAAGCCCUCCAGCCGCUGCAUCGUGUCGUGUCCGUCCUCAAGCCCUCCAGCCGCUGCAUCGUGUCGUGUCCGUCCUCAAGCCCUCCAGCCGCUGCAUCGUGUCGUGUCCGUCCUCAAGCCCUCCAGCCGCUGCAUCGUGUCGUGUCCGUCCUCAAGCCCUCCAGCCGCUGCAUCGUGUCGUGUCCGUCCUCAAGCCCUCCAGCCGCUGCAUCGUGUCGUGUCCGUCCUCAAGCCCUCCAGCCGCUGCAUCGUGUCGUGUCCGUCCUCAAGCCCUCCAGCCGCUGCAUCGUGUCGUGUCCGUCCUCAAGCCCUCCAGCCGCUGCAUCGUGUCGUGUCCGUCCUCAAGCCCUCCAGCCGCUGCAUCGUGUCGUGUCCGUCCUCAAGCCCUCCAGCCGCUGCAUCGUGUCGUGUCCGUCCUCAAGCCCUCCAGCCGCUGCAUCGUGUCUUGUCCGUCCUCAAGCCCUCCAGCCGCUGCAUCGUGUCUUGUCCGUCCUCAAGCCCUCCAGCCGCUGCAUCGUGUCUUGUCCGUCCUCAAGCCCUCCAGCCGCUGCAUCGUGUCUUGUCCGUCCUCAAGCCCUCCAGCCGCUGCAUCGUGUCUUGUCCGUCCUCAAGCCCUCCAGCCGCUGCAUCGUGUCGUGUCCGUCCUCAAGCCCUCCAGCCGCUGCAUCGUGUCUUGUCCGUCCUCAAGCCCUCCAGCCGCUGCAUCGUGUCUUGUCCGUCCUCAAGCCCUCCAGCCGCUGCAUCGUGUCUUGUCCGUCCUCAAGCCCUCCAGCCGCUGCAUCGUGUCUUGUCCGUCCUCAAGCCCUCCAGCCGCUGCAUCGUGUCUUGUCCGUCCUCAAGCCCUCCAGCCGCUGCAUCGUGUCUUGUCCGUCCUCAAGCCCUCCAGCCGCUGCAUCGUGUCUUGUCCGUCCUCAAGCCCUCCAGCCGCUGCAUCGUGUCUUGUCCGUCCUCAAGCCCUCCAGCCGCUGCAUCGUGUCUUGUCCGUCCUCAAGCCCUCCAGCCGCUGCAUCGUGUCUUGUCCGUCCUCAAGCCCUCCAGCCGCUGCAUCGUGUCUUGUCCGUCCUCAAGCCCUCCAGCCGCUGCAUCGUGUCUUGUCCGUCCUCAAGCCCUCCAGCCGCUGCAUCGUGUCUUGUCCGUCCUCAAGCCCUCCAGCCGCUGCAUCGUGUCUUGUCCGUCCUCAAGCCCUCCAGCCGCUGCAUCGUGUCUUGUCCGUCCUCAAGCCCUCCAGCCGCUGCAUCGUGUCGUGUCCGUCCUCAAGCCCUCCAGCCGCUGCAUCGUGUCUUGUCCGUCCUCAAGCCCUCCAGCCGCUGCAUCGUGUCUUGUCCGUCCUCAAGCCCUCCAGCCGCUGCAUCGUGUCGUGUCCGUCCUCAAGCCCUCCAGCCGCUGCAUCGUGUCUUGUCCGUCCUCAAGCCCUCCAGCCGCUGCAUCGUGUCUUGUCCGUCCUCAAGCCCUCCAGCCGCUGCAUCGUGUCUUGUCCGUCCUCAAGCCCUCCAGCCGCUGCAUCGUGUCUUGUCCGUCCUCAAGCCCUCCAGCCGCUGCAUCGUGUCUUGUCCGUCCUCAAGCCCUCCAGCCGCUGCAUCGUGUCUUGUCCGUCCUCAAGCCCUCCAGCCGCUGCAUCGUGUCGUGUCCGUCCUCAAGCCCUCCAGCCGCUGCAUCGUGUCUUGUCCGUCCUCAAGCCCUCCAGCCGCUGCAUCGUGUCUUGUCCGUCCUCAAGCCCUCCAGCCGCUGCAUCGUGUCGUGUCCGUCCUCAAGCCCUCCAGCCGCUGCAUCGUGUCUUGUCCGUCCUCAAGCCCUCCAGCCGCUGCAUCGUGUCUUGUCCGUCCUCAAGCCCUCCAGCCGCUGCAUCGUGUCGUGUCCGUCCUCAAGCCCUCCAGCCGCUGCAUCGUGUCUUGUCCGUCCUCAAGCCCUCCAGCCGCUGCAUCGUGUCUUGUCCGUCCUCAAGCCCUCCAGCCGCUGCAUCGUGUCGUGUCCGUCCUCAAGCCCUCCAGCCGCUGCAUCGUGUCGUGUCCGUCCUCAAGCCCUCCAGCCGCUGCAUCGUGUCGUGUCCGUCCUCAAGCCCUCCAGCCGCUGCAUCGUGUCGUGUCCGUCCUCAAGCCCUCCAGCCGCUGCAUCGUGUCGUGUCCGUCCUCAAGCCCUCCAGCCGCUGCAUCGUGUCUUGUCCGUCCUCAAGCCCUCCAGCCGCUGCAUCGUGUCUUGUCCGUCCUCAAGCCCUCCAGCCGCUGCAUCGUGUCUUGUCCGUCCUCAAGCCCUCCAGCCGCUGCAUCGUGUCUUGUCCGUCCUCAAGCCCUCCAGCCGCUGCAUCGUGUCUUGUCCGUCCUCAAGCCCUCCAGCCGCUGCAUCGUGUCUUGUCCGUCCUCAAGCCCUCCAGCCGCUGCAUCGUGUCGUGUCCGUCCUCAAGCCCUCCAGCCGCUGCAUCGUGUCUUGUCCGUCCUCAAGCCCUCCAGCCGCUGCAUCGUGUCUUGUCCGUCCUCAAGCCCUCCAGCCGCUGCAUCGUGUCUUGUCCGUCCUCAAGCCCUCCAGCCGCUGCAUCGUGUCUUGUCCGUCCUCAAGCCCUCCAGCCGCUGCAUCGUGUCUUGUCCGUCCUCAAGCCCUCCAGCCGCUGCAUCGUGUCGUGUCCGUCCUCAAGCCCUCCAGCCGCUGCAUCGUGUCUUGUCCGUCCUCAAGCCCUCCAGCCGCUGCAUCGUGUCUUGUCCGUCCUCAAGCCCUCCAGCCGCUGCAUCGUGUCUUGUCCGUCCUCAAGCCCUCCAGCCGCUGCAUCGUGUCUUGUCCGUCCUCAAGCCCUCCAGCCGCUGCAUCGUGUCUUGUCCGUCCUCAAGCCCUCCAGCCGCUGCAUCGUGUCUUGUCCGUCCUCAAGCCCUCCAGCCGCUGCAUCGUGUCUUGUCCGUCCUCAAGCCCUCCAGCCGCUGCAUCGUGUCGUGUCCGUCCUCAAGCCCUCCAGCCGCUGCAUCGUGUCUUGUCCGUCCUCAAGCCCUCCAGCCGCUGCAUCGUGUCUUGUCCGUCCUCAAGCCCUCCAGCCGCUGCAUCGUGUCGUGUCCGUCCUCAAGCCCUCCAGCCGCUGCAUCGUGUCUUGUCCGUCCUCAAGCCCUCCAGCCGCUGCAUCGUGUCUUGUCCGUCCUCAAGCCCUCCAGCCGCUGCAUCGUGUCUUGUCCGUCCUCAAGCCCUCCAGCCGCUGCAUCGUGUCUUGUCCGUCCUCAAGCCCUCCAGCCGCUGCAUCGUGUCUUGUCCGUCCUCAAGCCCUCCAGCCGCUGCAUCGUGUCGUGUCCGUCCUCAAGCCCUCCAGCCGCUGCAUCGUGUCUUGUCCGUCCUCAAGCCCUCCAGCCGCUGCAUCGUGUCUUGUCCGUCCUCAAGCCCUCCAGCCGCUGCAUCGUGUCUUGUCCGUCCUCAAGCCCUCCAGCCGCUGCAUCGUGUCUUGUCCGUCCUCAAGCCCUCCAGCCGCUGCAUCGUGUCUUGUCCGUCCUCAAGCCCUCCAGCCGCUGCAUCGUGUCGUGUCCGUCCUCAAGCCCUCCAGCCGCUGCAUCGUGUCUUGUCCGUCCUCAAGCCCUCCAGCCGCUGCAUCGUGUCGUGUCCGUCCUCAAGCCCUCCAGCCGCUGCAUCGUGUCGUGUCCGUCCUCAAGCCCUCCAGCCGCUGCAUCGUGUCUUGUCCGUCCUCAAGCCCUCCAGCCGCUGCAUCGUGUCUUGUCCGUCCUCAAGCCCUCCAGCCGCUGCAUCGUGUCGUGUCCGUCCUCAAGCCCUCCAGCCGCUGCAUCGUGUCUUGUCCGUCCUCAAGCCCUCCAGCCGCUGCAUCGUGUCUUGUCCGUCCUCAAGCCCUCCAGCCGCUGCAUCGUGUCGUGUCCGUCCUCAAGCCCUCCAGCCGCUGCAUCGUGUCUUGUCCGUCCUCAAGCCCUCCAGCCGCUGCAUCGUGUCUUGUCCGUCCUCAAGCCCUCCAGCCGCUGCAUCGUGUCGUGUCCGUCCUCAAGCCCUCCAGCCGCUGCAUCGUGUCGUGUCCGUCCUCAAGCCCUCCAGCCGCUGCAUCGUGUCGUGUCCGUCCUCAAGCCCUCCAGCCGCUGCAUCGUGUCGUGUCCGUCCUCAAGCCCUCCAGCCGCUGCAUCGUGUCGUGUCCGUCCUCAAGCCCUCCAGCCGCUGCAUCGUGUCUUGUCCGUCCUCAAGCCCUCCAGCCGCUGCAUCGUGUCUUGUCCGUCCUCAAGCCCUCCAGCCGCUGCAUCGUGUCUUGUCCGUCCUCAAGCCCUCCAGCCGCUGCAUCGUGUCUUGUCCGUCCUCAAGCCCUCCAGCCGCUGCAUCGUGUCUUGUCCGUCCUCAAGCCCUCCAGCCGCUGCAUCGUGUCUUGUCCGUCCUCAAGCCCUCCAGCCGCUGCAUCGUGUCGUGUCCGUCCUCAAGCCCUCCAGCCGCUGCAUCGUGUCUUGUCCGUCCUCAAGCCCUCCAGCCGCUGCAUCGUGUCUUGUCCGUCCUCAAGCCCUCCAGCCGCUGCAUCGUGUCUUGUCCGUCCUCAAGCCCUCCAGCCGCUGCAUCGUGUCUUGUCCGUCCUCAAGCCCUCCAGCCGCUGCAUCGUGUCGUGUCCGUCCUCAAGCCCUCCAGCCGCUGCAUCGUGUCUUGUCCGUCCUCAAGCCCUCCAGCCGCUGCAUCGUGUCUUGUCCGUCCUCAAGCCCUCCAGCCGCUGCAUCGUGUCGUGUCCGUCCUCAAGCCCUCCAGCCGCUGCAUCGUGUCUUGUCCGUCCUCAAGCCCUCCAGCCGCUGCAUCGUGUCUUGUCCGUCCUCAAGCCCUCCAGCCGCUGCAUCGUGUCGUGUCCGUCCUCAAGCCCUCCAGCCGCUGCAUCGUGUCUUGUCCGUCCUCAAGCCCUCCAGCCGCUGCAUCGUGUCUUGUCCGUCCUCAAGCCCUCCAGCCGCUGCAUCGUGUCUUGUCCGUCCUCAAGCCCUCCAGCCGCUGCAUCGUGUCUUGUCCGUCCUCAAGCCCUCCAGCCGCUGCAUCGUGUCUUGUCCGUCCUCAAGCCCUCCAGCCGCUGCAUCGUGUCUUGUCCGUCCUCAAGCCCUCCAGCCGCUGCAUCGUGUCGUGUCCGUCCUCAAGCCCUCCAGCCGCUGCAUCGUGUCUUGUCCGUCCUCAAGCCCUCCAGCCGCUGCAUCGUGUCUUGUCCGUCCUCAAGCCCUCCAGCCGCUGCAUCGUGUCUUGUCCGUCCUCAAGCCCUCCAGCCGCUGCAUCGUGUCUUGUCCGUCCUCAAGCCCUCCAGCCGCUGCAUCGUGUCUUGUCCGUCCUCAAGCCCUCCAGCCGCUGCAUCGUGUCGUGUCCGUCCUCAAGCCCUCCAGCCGCUGCAUCGUGUCUUGUCCGUCCUCAAGCCCUCCAGCCGCUGCAUCGUGUCUUGUUCGUCCUCAAGCCCUCCAGCCGCUGCAUCGUGUCUUGUCCGUCCUCAAGCCCUCCAGCCGCUGCAUCGUGUCUUGUCCGUCCUCAAGCCCUCCAGCCGCUGCAUCGUGUCUUGUCCGUCCUCAAGCCCUCCAGCCGCUGCAUCGUGUCUUGUCCGUCCUCAAGCCCUCCAGCCGCUGCAUCGUGUCUUGUCCGUCCUCAAGCCCUCCAGCCGCUGCAUCGUGUCGUGUCCGUCCUCAAGCCCUCCAGCCGCUGCAUCGUGUCUUGUCCGUCCUCAAGCCCUCCAGCCGCUGCAUCGUGUCUUGUCCGUCCUCAAGCCCUCCAGCCGCUGCAUCGUGUCGUGUCCGUCCUCAAGCCCUCCAGCCGCUGCAUCGUGUCUUGUCCGUCCUCAAGCCCUCCAGCCGCUGCAUCGUGUCUUGUCCGUCCUCAAGCCCUCCAGCCGCUGCAUCGUGUCUUGUCCGUCCUCAAGCCCUCCAGCCGCUGCAUCGUGUCUUGUCCGUCCUCAAGCCCUCCAGCCGCUGCAUCGUGUCUUGUCCGUCCUCAAGCCCUCCAGCCGCUGCAUCGUGUCUUGUCCGUCCUCAAGCCCUCCAGCCGCUGCAUCGUGUCGUGUCCGUCCUCAAGCCCUCCAGCCGCUGCAUCGUGUCUUGUCCGUCCUCAAGCCCUCCAGCCGCUGCAUCGUGUCUUGUCCGUCCUCAAGCCCUCCAGCCGCUGCAUCGUGUCGUGUCCGUCCUCAAGCCCUCCAGCCGCUGCAUCGUGUCUUGUCCGUCCUCAAGCCCUCCAGCCGCUGCAUCGUGUCUUGUCCGUCCUCAAGCCCUCCAGCCGCUGCAUCGUGUCGUGUCCGUCCUCAAGCCCUCCAGCCGCUGCAUCGUGUCUUGUCCGUCCUCAAGCCCUCCAGCCGCUGCAUCGUGUCUUGUCCGUCCUCAAGCCCUCCAGCCGCUGCAUCGUGUCUUGUCCGUCCUCAAGCCCUCCAGCCGCUGCAUCGUGUCUUGUCCGUCCUCAAGCCCUCCAGCCGCUGCAUCGUGUCGUGUCCGUCCUCAAGCCCUCCAGCCGCUGCAUCGUGUCUUGUCCGUCCUCAAGCCCUCCAGCCGCUGCAUCGUGUCUUGUCCGUCCUCAAGCCCUCCAGCCGCUGCAUCGUGUCGUGUCCGUCCUCAAGCCCUCCAGCCGCUGCAUCGUGUCUUGUCCGUCCUCAAGCCCUCCAGCCGCUGCAUCGUGUCUUGUCCGUCCUCAAGCCCUCCAGCCGCUGCAUCGUGUCUUGUCCGUCCUCAAGCCCUCCAGCCGCUGCAUCGUGUCUUGUCCGUCCUCAAGCCCUCCAGCCGCUGCAUCGUGUCUUGUCCGUCCUCAAGCCCUCCAGCCGCUGCAUCGUGUCUUGUCCGUCCUCAAGCCCUCCAGCCGCUGCAUCGUGUCUUGUCCGUCCUCAAGCCCUCCAGCCGCUGCAUCGUGUCUUGUCCGUCCUCAAGCCCUCCAGCCGCUGCAUCGUGUCUUGUCCGUCCUCAAGCCCUCCAGCCGCUGCAUCGUGUCUUGUCCGUCCUCAAGCCCUCCAGCCGCUGCAUCGUGUCUUGUCCGUCCUCAAGCCCUCCAGCCGCUGCAUCGUGUCUUGUCCGUCCUCAAGCCCUCCAGCCGCUGCAUCGUGUCUUGUCCGUCCUCAAGCCCUCCAGCCGCUGCAUCGUGUCGUGUCCGUCCUCAAGCCCUCCAGCCGCUGCAUCGUGUCUUGUCCGUCCUCAAGCCCUCCAGCCGCUGCAUCGUGUCUUGUCCGUCCUCAAGCCCUCCAGCCGCUGCAUCGUGUCUUGUCCGUCCUCAAGCCCUCCAGCCGCUGCAUCGUGUCUUGUCCGUCCUCAAGCCCUCCAGCCGCUGCAUCGUGUCGUGUCCGUCCUCAAGCCCUCCAGCCGCUGCAUCGUGUCUUGUCCGUCCUCAAGCCCUCCAGCCGCUGCAUCGUGUCUUGUCCGUCCUCAAGCCCUCCAGCCGCUGCAUCGUGUCGUGUCCGUCCUCAAGCCCUCCAGCCGCUGCAUCGUGUCUUGUCCGUCCUCAAGCCCUCCAGCCGCUGCAUCGUGUCUUGUCCGUCCUCAAGCCCUCCAGCCGCUGCAUCGUGUCUUGUCCGUCCUCAAGCCCUCCAGCCGCUGCAUCGUGUCUUGUCCGUCCUCAAGCCCUCCAGCCGCUGCAUCGUGUCGUGUCCGUCCUCAAGCCCUCCAGCCGCUGCAUCGUGUCUUGUCCGUCCUCAAGCCCUCCAGCCGCUGCAUCGUGUCUUGUUCGUCCUCAAGCCCUCCAGCCGCUGCAUCGUGUCUUGUCCGUCCUCAAGCCCUCCAGCCGCUGCAUCGUGUCUUGUCCGUCCUCAAGCCCUCCAGCCGCUGCAUCGUGUCUUGUCCGUCCUCAAGCCCUCCAGCCGCUGCAUCGUGUCUUGUCCGUCCUCAAGCCCUCCAGCCGCUGCAUCGUGUCUUGUCCGUCCUCAAGCCCUCCAGCCGCUGCAUCGUGUCGUGUCCGUCCUCAAGCCCUCCAGCCGCUGCAUCGUGUCUUGUCCGUCCUCAAGCCCUCCAGCCGCUGCAUCGUGUCUUGUCCGUCCUCAAGCCCUCCAGCCGCUGCAUCGUGUCGUGUCCGUCCUCAAGCCCUCCAGCCGCUGCAUCGUGUCUUGUCCGUCCUCAAGCCCUCCAGCCGCUGCAUCGUGUCUUGUCCGUCCUCAAGCCCUCCAGCCGCUGCAUCGUGUCUUGUCCGUCCUCAAGCCCUCCAGCCGCUGCAUCGUGUCUUGUCCGUCCUCAAGCCCUCCAGCCGCUGCAUCGUGUCUUGUCCGUCCUCAAGCCCUCCAGCCGCUGCAUCGUGUCUUGUCCGUCCUCAAGCCCUCCAGCCGCUGCAUCGUGUCGUGUCCGUCCUCAAGCCCUCCAGCCGCUGCAUCGUGUCUUGUCCGUCCUCAAGCCCUCCAGCCGCUGCAUCGUGUCUUGUCCGUCCUCAAGCCCUCCAGCCGCUGCAUCGUGUCGUGUCCGUCCUCAAGCCCUCCAGCCGCUGCAUCGUGUCUUGUCCGUCCUCAAGCCCUCCAGCCGCUGCAUCGUGUCUUGUCCGUCCUCAAGCCCUCCAGCCGCUGCAUCGUGUCGUGUCCGUCCUCAAGCCCUCCAGCCGCUGCAUCGUGUCUUGUCCGUCCUCAAGCCCUCCAGCCGCUGCAUCGUGUCUUGUCCGUCCUCAAGCCCUCCAGCCGCUGCAUCGUGUCUUGUCCGUCCUCAAGCCCUCCAGCCGCUGCAUCGUGUCUUGUCCGUCCUCAAGCCCUCCAGCCGCUGCAUCGUGUCUUGUCCGUCCUCAAGCCCUCCAGCCGCUGCAUCGUGUCGUGUCCGUCCUCAAGCCCUCCAGCCGCUGCAUCGUGUCUUGUCCGUCCUCAAGCCCUCCAGCCGCUGCAUCGUGUCUUGUCCGUCCUCAAGCCCUCCAGCCGCUGCAUCGUGUCUUGUCCGUCCUCAAGCCCUCCAGCCGCUGCAUCGUGUCUUGUCCGUCCUCAAGCCCUCCAGCCGCUGCAUCGUGUCGUGUCCGUCCUCAAGCCCUCCAGCCGCUGCAUCGUGUCUUGUCCGUCCUCAAGCCCUCCAGCCGCUGCAUCGUGUCUUGUCCGUCCUCAAGCCCUCCAGCCGCUGCAUCGUGUCUUGUCCGUCCUCAAGCCCUCCAGCCGCUGCAUCGUGUCUUGUCCGUCCUCAAGCCCUCCAGCCGCUGCAUCGUGUCGUGUCCGUCCUCAAGCCCUCCAGCCGCUGCAUCGUGUCGUGUCCGUCCUCAAGCCCUCCAGCCGCUGCAUCGUGUCGUGUCCGUCCUCAAGCCCUCCAGCCGCUGCAUCGUGUCUUGUCCGUCCUCAAGCCCUCCAGCCGCUGCAUCGUGUCUUGUCCGUCCUCAAGCCCUCCAGCCGCUGCAUCGUGUCUUGUCCGUCCUCAAGCCCUCCAGCCGCUGCAUCGUGUCUUGUCCGUCCUCAAGCCCUCCAGCCGCUGCAUCGUGUCUUGUCCGUCCUCAAGCCCUCCAGCCGCUGCAUCGUGUCUUGUCCGUCCUCAAGCCCUCCAGCCGCUGCAUCGUGUCUUGUCCGUCCUCAAGCCCUCCAGCCGCUGCAUCGUGUCUUGUCCGUCCUCAAGCCCUCCAGCCGCUGCAUCGUGUCGUGUCCGUCCUCAAGCCCUCCAGCCGCUGCAUCGUGUCGUGUCCGUCCUCAAGCCCUCCAGCCGCUGCAUCGUGUCUUGUCCGUCCUCAAGCCCUCCAGCCGCUGCAUCGUGUCUUGUCCGUCCUCAAGCCCUCCAGCCGCUGCAUCGUGUCUUGUCCGUCCUCAAGCCCUCCAGCCGCUGCAUCGUGUCGUGUCCGUCCUCAAGCCCUCCAGCCGCUGCAUCGUGUCGUGUCCGUCCUCAAGCCCUCCAGCCGCUGCAUCGUGUCGUGUCCGUCCUCAAGCCCUCCAGCCGCUGCAUCGUGUCGUGUCCGUCCUCAAGCCCUCCAGCCGCUGCAUCGUGUCGUGUCCGUCCUCAAGCCCUCCAGCCGCUGCAUCGUGUCGUGUCCGUCCUCAAGCCCUCCAGCCGCUGCAUCGUGUCUUGUCCGUCCUCAAGCCCUCCAGCCGCUGCAUCGUGUCUUGUCCGUCCUCAAGCCCUCCAGCCGCUGCAUCGUGUCGUGUCCGUCCUCAAGCCCUCCAGCCGCUGCAUCGUGUCGUGUCCGUCCUCAAGCCCUCCAGCCGCUGCAUCGGGUCUUGUCCGUCCUCAAGCCCUCCAGCCGCUGCAUCGUGUCUUGUCCGUCCUCAAGCCCUCCAGCCGCUGCAUCGUGUCUUGUCCGUCCUCAAGCCCUCCAGCCGCUGCAUCGUGUCGUGUCCGUCCUCAAGCCCUCCAGCCGCUGCAUCGUGUCUUGUCCGUCCUCAAGCCCUCCAGCCGCCGCAUCGUGUCGUGUCCGUCCUCAAGCCCUCCAGCCGCUGCAUCGUGUCUUGUCCGUCCUCAAGCCCUCCAGCCGCUGCAUCGUGUCUUGUCCGUCCUCAAGCCCUCCAGCCGCUGCAUCGUGUCUUGUCCGUCCUCAAGCCCUCCAGCCGCUGCAUCGUGUCUUGUCCGUCCUCAAGCCCUCCAGCCGCUGCAUCGUGUCGUGUCCGUCCUCAAGCCCUCCAGCCGCUGCAUCGUGUCGUGUCCGUCCUCAAGCCCUCCAGCCGCUGCAUCGUGUCGUGUCCGUCCUCAAGCCCUCCAGCCGCUGCAUCGUGUCUUGUCCGUCCUCAAGCCCUCCAGCCGCUGCAUCGUGUCUUGUCCGUCCUCAAGCCCUCCAGCCGCUGCAUCGUGUCGUGUCCGUCCUCAAGCCCUCCAGCCGCUGCAUCGUGUCUUGUCCGUCCUCAAGCCCUCCAGCCGCUGCAUCGUGUCGUGUCCGUCCUCAAGCCCUCCAGCCGCUGCAUCGUGUCUUGUCCGUCCUCAAGCCCUCCAGCCGCUGCAUCGUGUCUUGUCCGUCCUCAAGCCCUCCAGCCGCUGCAUCGUGUCUUGUCCGUCCUCAAGCCCUCCAGCCGCUGCAUCGUGUCGUGUCCGUCCUCAAGCCCUCCAGCCGCUGCAUCGUGUCUUGUCCGUCCUCAAGCCCUCCAGCCGCUGCAUCGUGUCUUGUCGCCGCUGCACCCCCAGCAGAGCUCGAAACAGCUGAGAGGAGAGAGGGAGAUGAGAGUAGAGUGGGAAGGGGAUGGGGGCGAGAGGAUGGGGAGGAAGUUGGGAGGGGGGAAAAUGGGAAGAGUGAGAAGGGGCAAACGGGGAGAAUCAAGGGAAGAGGGAAAGCAGGGGGGUGGGAGGGAGGGAAGCCUGCUACAAGCAACAGGAGAUGA